AUGUUCAACGGAUCAUGGAAGGGGAAAAACGAAGUCAGUAUUGUUGAUACAUCAGCUUCUGCCUUCAAGGAAUUUCUACAGUUUUUCUACAAGGUUGAAGUGGUUCUGACCAAAGAAAAUGUAGGAGCAGUCAUGAAUCUUGCCAAACAAUACGUAAUGGAUGAAUGUGUGACCAUGUGUGUAAAAUUCUUGAAGAAUACACUCAAUGAAUCAAACGUUUGCACCAGAUACGGAAUGGCGAUUCUCUAUGAACAGGUCGAAUUGAAAAAGACAUGUGAAACGAUCAUCGGACUCAAAGCAAACUCAAUGUUUAAAUCGGCUGAUUUUUUGUCGUGUGAUCGAAAUGUUUUGGCUGCGAUCUUAGGAUUAGACUGGUUAACAUGCUCCGAAGUUGAAUUGUUUGAAGCGUGCAUGGCGUGGGUGAAAGCAGCAAGCAAACAGGAGGUUUUGACAACAGAAGCGGUGCAAGAUCAUCUUGGUGAUUUAUUGUAUAAAAUUCGAUUUGGAGCAAUGUCAAUGAACGAAUUUGGCGUAUUAGUUCCAUCGUAUGGCAAAGCCUUUUCGGCUGACGAUUAUCAAGAAAUCAUUCAAAUAAUUUUAGAUGAAGAUUUUAAGGCGACGAUUUUCAAUGGAAAACGGGUGAAACGGUGUGAAAUAGAGCCUUGGCAUUACAAACACAUUUUUUGUAAUCGGGCGUUUCCGGAUAGUGAUUCGGUUGAACCAUACUUUCUUCAAAACAAAACAACGAAAUUCUCAGUUAAUCAAUCACUAUUACUAUAUGCAUUUAUUUGUGACCAUUUGCGGCUAUUUCGUGAUGGAAAAUAUUAUGAAAUGGACGAAGAAUUACCAACCAAAUUUACAAUUGUUGAAGUUGCACAUUCAGGAAGCACCAAUGAAGAAGUUGAAUUGUAUAAUGGAGAAGCUAAUUUGGAAUAUAUUGGUACGAAUGAAGUUUUGUUACGCAACCCAAUUUUCAUUCGACCUGGAUUCCAUUACGAAAUAAGAAUGAAACUUGAUCCACCUGAAGGUUGUUGCAUUGGCGGUUUAGUAAAAUCAGAAGUGCACAUGGCGAUCAAUGAUACCACUGUACAAUUUCAUGAUGACCCGACUGGUGAUAUUGUACCGAGAAAUUUGAUUUGGGACCUUGAUUUCUAUAAGGUUUAA